AUGAACGGUGGCGGUGCCAGCUUUGCGACGUCGUCUUUUUCUUCUUCUUCUUCUUUUGAAGGAGGAGGAGGAGAUCGACGAAAGGGUGGGCGUUUGCUUCGAGAAAGAAAUACGACGAACGCAACAAAACAGAAAACGAGAAUAAAAAUAAAAGCACAAGUGGGACGAAAUUUCAAACGCCACGAAUUCGAAAUAGAACGACAAAUAGGAGAAGGAUCGUUCGGGAUCGUCUACCAGGCAAUCUGGAGAGGGAAAGAGAGAGUGGUAUUGAAGAGACCAAAACUAAACGUAGAAGGCGCGGCAGAGCUUCAAGAGAUUGAGAAUUGGAUGAACGGUCGCGUUUCUCGAGACGCGAAAGGGGCGUGCGCGGAGUUUUUAGGCAGCUAUCGAGUGACGUACGACGAGUGGAAAAAGUUGAUGGAUACGAAUCAAAUGAACGAUUUAACCGCGAAAGAAGGGUUGUGGUUGGUGUGGAAGUAUCAAGGCGAUCGGACGUUGGCGCAGUUUAUGGCACAGUCGGAUUAUCCCUCCGGAUUGGCGAAGAACCUUUUGAAGAGAAAAGGCGUGCGCAAAGGAGACGCGGCGUGCGAACUGGAGAUUGCGCAGAAAGUCAUGAAACAGUUACUCACGAAUUUAGCGACCAUGCACAGCGCUGGUUUAGUCCAUCGAGAUAUAAAGCCGCACAAUCUCGUGUUGGCGGAUUGCGAAGCGUACGACGAGAAAAACAGAGGGAAAAACGUUUUGGAAGGCACGGGGAAAUUUCUCAGCGAAAGUUUAUCCUCGAUUAGAAGAGGCGGGAGUAAAGGUUCAGGAAGAGAAGGAGGAGAAGAAAAUGGCGGUGGCGCUAUGUACGAGAGGAAAGUGAAGGAUUAUGUCAUGAUGGAAGAACCGGAGUUUAAGCUCAUCGAUUUAGGCGCGUGUGCGUGCUUUCGCACGGGCACAAACUUUGCCCCAGAUGAAACCAUCAUGGAUCCAAAGUACGCGCCACCGGAAGAGUUUUUGAUUCCGACCGAAGACGCUCCAGAUUUACGCAAGUUGCUUGGUCCUCUCGCGUACGCCGCGGGUAGCGCGGCGUGGGUAAAGUACUUACCCGAUCGAUUUGAUUCGUACUCCGCGGGCGUUAUCCUCAUGCAGUUGGCGUUGCCAAGUUUACGAACCAAUCGAGGCUUGUCGAGCUUCAACCGAGGAUUGAAAAAGUGCGAUUACGAUUUGGAUUUGUGGAGAACACAAAAUAAAGGACAGCUCGGGCGAUCGAAGACGGCUCUUUUAGACGCCGGGGGCGAUGCUGGUUGGAAAUUAGCCGCCGAACUCUUGAAAGGGCGUCCGUACUGGUUGGAGAAGAAAACGGCGAAAAGCGGCGAACAGCUGCUGAGCAAUAACAAUGAUAACACGGAUAGACCGUCGGCUUUAGACUGUUUAAAAUACGAUUUUUUCAGCGUCGAUCCAGCUGAAUUAGAAGUUAAACAGGGCGGAGCCGCUAAGAUUGGUGAGAGUAUCGGCCAAUCGUUGGACAAAUCGAGAGAGAUUCUUUCGGACAUGUUUGGUUUGCAGAAACGCAUCGAGCGACAACAAACGAGCAUUAAGAGGCAGUUGGGCACUGUGCAAAGAUUAAAAGCGAAAGGUGCGCCUAUCGAUCAAAUCGAAAAAGAAGAAGCCGUCCUCGAGAAAAUGCAAGCUGGUUUGCAAGGUUUGUUCAGAUCGCUCCAGUUCAAAGACACGCAAGUCCGAACGGAAAUCAUCCUCGCUGCGAGCUCCUUCAAGCAACAAGCGAAGAAAGAAAACGUCGACACUACCGAAUCUUUUGACCGAUCCAUGAUUAGUCUGAAAACGAGAGAAGUGCUUGAAAAGGACAUUACUAAGUUUGCGAAGAAUUUGAGUAAACAAGCGGGGAGGAUAGGGGACGCCGCGACUGGAGCCGUUUUGAAAAUACUCAAAUCGCGAGACGAUAGUGAUGAAGUCUCGUCCUCGUCGGAUGAAGAUGACGCUUCUGAGACUACCGAUAGCGCUAUUAACGAUGUCUCUGAUGUAAACAAAGUUGAAGCAGACGAGAGUAACAAGACAAACAAAGGCGUAGGCAUGCUCUCCUCUUUGCUCUAUGGCGUCGGAAAGAAUUUAAAGAAACCGAGCGUGAAGAAAGAAAACGAAACGGUCGUGUUUAAACCGGAUAACUCGAUCGCAAAGAUUAUCGACAAAAGGAAUGCCACUAACGAUGAUAGAAGUGUCGGUGACGACACCGACUUUGUCGUUUCUGAUACCAAAUUUAUCCGCGCGAACAUGGAAGUCAUCGAAGCGGAAAUGAAUACCGUCAUGCAAGAGCUCGCCAAGUUGGACACGCAACUCGGCCUUCGAGAAAUCGAAGAAGAAACCGAAGGUGACUUCGGAAUCGUCGAGGAAGAAGAAGAAAAAGAAGAUGAUGAUAAUGGCAUGGACGGCAGCAUGGAUGAAGACACGCAAAACUUCAAGCGCAUGCGAUGA